AUGCAUCGACAACACCAUCAUCUUACCAACAGUGAGAUUCAAUACCUUAUUUCGUACGUGAAUGAAUUUGAUGAUGAUUGGGAACAAAUAGCAAUUUUAUUGGGAUCAAAGAACGCUCAUGAAUGUAAAAAAAGAUAUCGCCGACUUAUUAAGAAAAUUAAAAGGAAGAGAAAUCGUAAGUAA